AUGGCUCGCAAGUUAUUGACUGAAAAUGACUACACGGGAGCUGCGGGGUUGGCAAGUGACAUGUACGGAAUACCCCCACAGAACAGGUGGUACAGCGUGACGGGAAAUCUUCUCUUGGACUUUGGGCCUCAGACUGAAGAAGUCUCAAACUACGAAAGAUGGCUAGACACCCUGGAGGGCACCACUGGUAUUAGCUACGAUAUAAUGGAGUCACAUACACCCAACUUUCCCCUUGGCGUCAUUGCUGCGCGGUUCACUGCAAGCAAACAUGGUUCACUGAACAUCGGCGUGAGUCUUGAGCGUGACAGAGGCAUCAUCACUUCCACCGUUGAUCUUUUCUUGGAUGUAGAAACAAGCUUCCAGUGGAAAUCCGAGUCUGACUGGAAGGCUGGCCUUGUGAACAAGCUAGAUCAGGCAGUCAAGCGCGGGUUCGAGUCUCUCAAAGUUGAAGCCACCUCAGAUCAUCAAAGCUUGAUGGAGCGCGUGGCCCUUGACCUCGGAUCAAACAAGGGCACCUUAAGUCAGCCAACAGAUAAGCGAGGCAGUAAGUUCACUGUCAACAUCAACACGGAGAUGAAUUACUGGCUAGCUGAAACAACCGACCUCACGGAAACCCUCAGGCCACUCUGGGACCUCAUGUAUCGCAGCCGUGAUAAAGGGUCAGAAGUUGCCACCAAGAUGUAUAGCUACCCAGGCUAUGUGUCGCAUCAUAAUCUUGACCUCUGGGGCGAUUCGGCUCCUCACGAUAGUGGUACGGCUUAUUCCAUCUGGCCAUCAAGCAACCUCAAGGCGUUUUUGAGAGAAAAGGCUUGGCCGCUAUUCAAAGACAUCGCGGCAUUUUUUGACUGCUGUCUCUUUGAAUUCGAUGGCAAAUGGACCUCUGGACCUUCCACUUCCCCCGAGAAUGUUUUCAUUAUCCCCAAGGAUGGUUCAAAGGCUGGUAGCAAAGAGUCUUUCGAUAUUUCCAUCACUAUGGACAACUCUCUACUGCACGAAUUCUUCUCCAACGUCAUCGAGGCAGCGGGCAUCCUUGGCGUGGACCUUAGCACAGAUAAGGUGCUCUCAAAGGUGAAAACUUACCGAGAUGGUUUAAGACCUACGGAAAUCGGCGCUCGAGGUCAGAUUCCAGAAUGGCGUCAAGACUAUACAGAAGCCGAACCUGGACACCGCCACUAUUCACGCCUCGUAGAUCUCUUCCCUGCCAAAGCGAUAUCCCCUCUUCUUAACAAAACCCUUGCAAAUGCAGCCCAGAAGACUAUCGAACCUCGACUCCAUGCGGGUGGUGCGUCCACUGGCUGGUCAAACCCAUGA